CUCACCAGCCACGUCCUCAUGGCCCUGCUGCUCUUGCUGCUCCUGGGCCUGCUGGGGCUCUGGGGGCUGCUCCGUGCCUAUGCCCGAGACACCUCCCCAGCCCACCGGUGGCCCCCAGGGCCUCGCCCGCUGCCACUCAUCGGGAACCUGCAUUUGCUGCGUCUGUCGCAACAGGACCGGUCCCUGAUGGAGCUCUCGGAACGCUACGGGCCGGUGUUCACUGUGCACCUGGGGUGCCAGAAGAUGGUGGUGCUGACAGGGUUCAAGGUGGUCAAAGAGGCGCUGGCAGGCCCUGGGCAGGAGCUGGCCGACCGGCCUCCCAUCGCCAUCUUCCAGCUCAUCCAGCGAGGUGGAGGCAUCUUCUUCUCGUCUGGGGCGCGCUGGAGAGCUGCCCGCCAGUUCACGGUGCGUGCCCUGCACAGCCUGGGCGUGGGCCGGGAGCCGGUGGCUGACAAGAUUCUGCAGGAACUGAAAUGCCUUUCGGGGCAGCUGGAUGGCUAUAGAGGUGAGCAGGGGGCUGGGGACGCCCCUCCCCAGGCCUCAACGUGCCUGAGGUCUGUCUCCCUUGCAGGCCAGCCCUUCCCACUGGCCCUACUAGGCUGGGCUCCCUCCAACAUCACCUUCACGCUCCUCUUCGGCCGCCGGUUCGACUACCGGGACCCGGUGUUUGUGUCCCUGCUGGGUCUCAUCGAUGAGGUCAUGGUCCUCUUGGGGUCCCCUGGCCUGCAGCUAUUCAACGUCUACCCCUGGCUUGGGGCCCUGCUCCAACUGCACCGGCCCGUCCUGCGAAAGAUCGAGGAGGUCCGCGCCAUUCUGAGGACCCUCCUGGAGGCGCGGCGGCCCCACAUGCGCCCGGGGGACCCUGUGUGCAGCUAUGUGGAUGCCCUGAUCCAGCAGGAACAGGGGGAUGACCCUGAGGGCCUGUUUGCUGAAGACAACACAGUGGCCUGCACCCUGGACAUGGUCAUGGCCGGGACGGAGACGACCUCAGCCACACUGCAGUGGGCUGCGCUUCUGAUGGGCCGGCACCCGGACGUGCAGGGCCGGGUGCAGGAGGAGCUGGACCGUGUGCUGGGCCAUGGGCGGCCUCCCCAGCCGGAGGACCAGCAGGUGCUGCCCUACACCAGCGCCGUGCUCCACGAAGUGCAGCGGUUCAUCACGCUCCUGCCACACGUGCCCCGCUGCACCGCCACUGACAUGCAGCUGGGCGGCUUCCUGCUCCCCAAGGGCACGCCCGUGAUUCCUCUGCUGACCUCGGUGCUGCUGGAUGAGACACAGUGGCAGACCCCAGACCAGUUCAACCCGGGCCAUUUCCUGGACGCGGACGGGCACUUCGUGAAGCAGGAGGCCUUCCUGCCUUUCUCUGCAGGCCGCCGUGUCUGUGUCGGGGAGCGCCUGGCCAGGACCGAGCUUUUCCUGCUGUUUGCUGGCCUCCUGCAGAAGUACCACCUGCUGCCCCCACCUGGUGUCAGCCCGGCCUCCCUGGACACCACGCCUGCCCCGGCUUUCACCAUGCGCCCGCGGGCCCAGGCCCUGUGUGCGGUGCCCAGGCCCUAGGGGCUCCCCCAGUCCCUGGGUCCUCCUGCCCACUCCCCUCCCAGCCCCCAGCUCGGACUGCUCUGGGAGAGCCCUGAGAACUCCCACCCCCACCCCCACAGGGUCAGCAGCUGCUUCUGCUUAUACCCAGGUCUGCCCCUGCCCGACCCUGUGGGACCCCCACCCCUCUGGUGCCAUCUGCAGCUCAGUCCCUGCCAGGCCCCAGGAGCGCCUCCAGGGCCCUGCCCACUCUUCCACCCCUGAAGCUGCACUCCCACCCAUCGAGCUCCUCCGAGGGCCCACCCAGCUGGGGCUGCCGAGAGAUGGCAGGUGGCUGCAUCCAGCCAGAGACAGGCGCAGACAGGUGUCCUCAGCGUGUGAGCCCUGCACCCACCAGGCCCUGGGACUCCUGCAGACCCCGCUCCGUUCCUGCUCCUGGAACAGUUCCUGUGGCUAUACCUGGAGGCAGUCGGCCUGCAGUGCCAGACUGUGAGCCAAGCCACCGGGGCUGCCCUUGGUCCUCCAUGUGCGUGACAGGUGCAGGGAGGCGAGGCCCACGUUCUCCUUUGGAGACAGGAACUGGAGCCGGAGGCUCCCAAGUCUGCCCCAUUUUCUGGGGACCUGAGCAGACCCAUUCCACUCCAGGCUGUUUUCCGCUCUGUGAAGUGGGUGAUGGUGACUGCGGGACCCGUGGCGUGUGUGCUGGUGGUGGCGUGGCCGGCGUGUGCUGGGACACCUGGUGUCUGAGAUGGCCCUGGCCCCGGCCCAGCGCAGAGCAUGCAUGUGAGCAGCAGGUGGCCCCUCACAAGAAAAGAGAAUAAGCCAUGGCUCGUUCCCACCUGCACCCUGUGGAGCGGCGCCCCAAGGCCAGGACCCGGCAGCCGGGACACACGGGUGGGCGCACGGCAGGCCUCACACUCCCGGGUGGGGCUGCAGGGUCCCUAAGUCACAGGCGGGGCUGCUGCUGUGGAGGCUGCUGGACCUGCUGGACCCACUGCAAGGACCAGAAGGGGCGGAGGGAGGGGGGCUCGGCUGCGUCCGCUCACGUAUUUCUGGAGAAGAGCAGAGACCAAGUGCUGGCUUCACUAUUCUCCUCUCAGACAUUUGAAAUAUGACACUGAAAACUUGAAGGGCAGAGAGAACGGGGUCUCGGCGCCAGGUGGGGCCACGCGACACCCCGUCCAGUGUGACUGGUGAGCCCCUCUGGAGCUCUGGAGGGUGCGGAACAUUCCAGGGCAGGGGCUGUGGAGAGUCCCUCCCAGCUGUCGUCAGGGCCUCCUGGGUGGGGUGGAGGACUUAGGGCCGGCACUCCCGGUCCCGCAGGGGACCCUCCUGCCCCUGACUUAGUCGGCCUCCUGGGUGGGGUGGAGGACUCAGGCCCCGCCCUCCCAGUCCUGCAGGGGACCCUCAUGCCCCUGCCUUACAUUGGCCUGGGGUAUUCAUCUCCGCGGGCCCAGGGCAGUCCCCGGCCCACGUGGGGAGGAAAUGUUGACCCUUUCCCGACCCGCUUCAUGGAGGCCCAGCCGACGUGAGGGAUGCCAAGCGCAGGGGGAUGAGUGACGGCUGAGCUUCCCCUCAAAGCACUAAGACAAAUGUAACCCCAACCCUGACUCCAUCCCUGACCCCGCCUGCCCGACUCACGCGACCUCUCACCCCAUCUCACCCGGGAAGAAACAACUCAGCGACAUCACAGGGCUCCUCCACGGGGUGCAGCCAGGGCCCCCCAAGCUAGGCGGUCCAAACGCCUCAUUCUCGAUUGUAAACAAGCCUAGCUUAGUGAAAACAGCGUGAGCAGAUGUCAAAUCUCCUUCAACUCGUGCCCAGGG